AUGAAGUCUAGUACGCUGUUGGUCCAGGACGCCAAGGAUUACCGCUUCAAUCCGUCCAUACCUUUGAGGAUCUAUUUGAAAACAUGCAUCGGCAUCUUGGAAAAGGCACAGUGUGCGUUCCAGGCCAGCGAUUUAUCGCUGGCGUUUAUUUAUUAUUUUAGAUAUGUGGAUUUGUUGACUAAUAAGCUGUCUAUGCACCCCGAACUGUCGUCCGUGGAUCCGUCCUCGUCCUCGUCCUCGUCGUCUAUCUAUAAAAGGGAAUAUCUGCAACUCAUAAAAUUGGAAGUGCCCGCAGUUUGCAAAAUUAUCGAAAGCCUGCGGAGGCAGCUCGACUCGCAGUACAGUAAACUGCAGACUUCGCUGGCCAAUAACAUAGCUAAACCAACCACAACUUCCGUGCAGCCGCAACAACAGUCACUGCCGAAGAAGUCCUUCGACGAAUAUAGCUUCAACCAGUCAAUCUCUUUUUUCCAGAAAAUUUCAAAUUCACAACUAAACACCACAACCAGCCCGCAAAAUCAAAAUCAGGAUACCUCCCGCGAUGAAGCUUACAGACUGAAUUAUCCGGAACUGCCACGCCUGACGUUCUCCACAUAG